UGGAGUCGAGUCAUCAGGAGAGCUGCGGACCGAUCCAACAAACUGGUGGGAUCCUUUUGAGACAAUUGUGAAAAACUGUCUGGUGAGAAGAAGCUGCUCAGUCUCAACUGGAGACAAACGACCCACAAUCCUUCACCAGGCACCCUGGGAACAUAUGAAGGUAGAAGGUGUGUGAGCUGAUGUGAAUCCAGCAGCAUGGAUCAGUGUGAGGACAGAGAGGAGGGAGUCCUUCCCUCCAAAACCUCCCCGAGGGGAAAAAAAAGAGUUGGAGAGAGUCGGAGAGAAAAAAGGAGGAAACAACGUCAUCUUGGACCUGGACCUGAACCAGGACCUGGACCUGGAUCUGAAACUGAACCUGAACCAGGACCUGGACCUGGAUCGGAAACUGAACCUGAUCCCACCUGUGUGUCCUUGAAGAGUGAUGCAUCAAAGGAUUUCAUUAUUCAUUUUAAAGAUACCCGACAUUCUCCCUCAGAGAGGACACAACCUGGACCUGGACCUGAACCUGGACCUGGACCUGGAUCUGGUCCUGGACCUGGACCUGGACCUGGACCUGGACCUGGACCUGGAUCUGGUCCUGGACCUGGACCUGGACCUGGACCUGGACCUGGACCUGGAUCUGGUCCUGGUCCCAGCUGUGUGUCCUUGAAGAGUGAUGCAUCAAAGGAUUUAUUUUUCACUUUUAAAGAGUCUCCUGGUUUUCCUUCAGUGGGGUCAGUUGUUUCUAAAUGUUGUUUCUGAAAAAUGUAACUGAGACUGAAACGUUUCCAUGGUAACAUGUUUAAAGUGAACAUUUCUCUGUUUUGCUGCCGUUGUUAGACGGUUGUUGAUGUUUCCAGAAACACAGCAGACUAUAAAGGGGGUGUAAAAAAAAAAGUAGUCUGGUUUUUGAAUUCAAGUGGAAUAAUUGAAAAAUCUAUCAUACAAGGGUGAACCAUUAUUCAGGUGCUCAAGGUACACAGAAUAUUGGGAGUCUCAUAUCCCUGAAUAUAUGAAUUUGAGAGGACUUGUAUAACUGGACAUAAAUAACCAAAAGAAAUUAGUUUGAUAUUAAGAAAUGU